UAUAAGUGUAAACGCAAAUGUAAAUAAUAACCAGGGAAUUUGUAAAUAAAGAGCUCGGUCAAGAUUGCAUUGCAUCUUGCUGAUGUCUGCAAUUGCAUGCAUAGAAAAAAUAUAUGUGGAUGUUGGUGUUGUGAGAAAGUGACUGCAUUAGUGGUAGUGGGUACUCGGUUUUUCAUUACUCCGUAUCGGUGGAUAAUAAAAUGAAAAUACUGAUAUUUACGUUUAUCUAGAUGCAAAUUUAUAAAAACAAUUUCUUUUCACUAAACAAAAAUUGUUAAAAUCAUUAUAAGUGUAACUGCAACACCGAAAUAAAGUCAGUCGUGUUAACGGCACCGUUAAUUGCAUCGCUACUCGUCGGAUUGGCAUGCAUAGUUGAAUAGAUUGAUAUGCUACUGCAAUAUACAACUUUUUUCUAUACACCAAGGGUGAAAGUGAUGGACAUUUUACGAAAAAAAGUCCAUUGAAUGCUACACAGCGUAGUAAAAUAAGUAAAUUUUCGAUUUGUGGUGAAGAAAAUCGUUGGCCGGAAACAGGAAAACGAAUAGAAAUCUCUAUAUACAUAGAUAUCUACAUACAUAAAUAUUUACUUUCGUAUUAGGUUUUCCCUUCACUUGGCUGAUUGUGUCGUAGUUGCUGUUACGUUUAUUACCGUUUUGUGAAUUGAUAACUGCUUUUGGAGCUGCUGCUUUCCACACGUUGCAGUGUGUGCGGCGCGAACAUUUGUUGUUGUCCGGUUGCAAGAUGACUGACGUCUACGACGGCAACGGUGACUAUGCAGCAUACAACGACGACGAUGACUAUGGCAAGCAACGCAAAGGUGGUUGCGUGCCUGGAGUCGAUCCUCACAACGGUGAUAACUCAAAUCAUGAUCUACACCAUCAUGUAGGUGGUGUUGUAGUUGGAGGUGGUGUAGCUGGCGGUAUGGGAAUGGUGGGCGGUGGUGGCGGCAUUAUAGGAGGCGAUGGCGGCCAGUUGAAUGAUAAGGCCAACGAAUACAUUCGGGAUUGUAUGGCGGAAAAAAAUCGUAUGGAUAGAAAGUUUCCAAUUGCUGAAAAAUUACUGGAUUGUGAAAUCGAAAAAGUCCAAUCUAUGGGUCGCAUACCGCCGCGGGAACAAAAAUAUGCGGAUAUUUACAGAGAAAAACCUUUGCGUGUUUCACAAAAAGUGUUAGUACCAAUUAGGGAACAUCCCAAGUUUAAUUUUGUUGGCAAACUAUUGGGACCAAAAGGAAAUUCACUACGUCGUCUGCAAGAAGAGACGCUCUGCAAAAUGACGGUGCUGGGCCGAAAUUCGAUGCGCGAUCGUGCGAAGGAGGAGGAAUUGCGUUCAUCGAAAGAUCCGAAAUAUGCACAUUUGAACAGUGAUUUGCAUGUGGAAAUCUCUACAAUUGCUCCACCGGCUGAAGCUUAUGCGCGUAUUGCUUAUGCAAUGGCAGAGCUCCGAAAGUACUUAAUACCUGAUAGUAACGAUGUUAUACGACAAGAGCAGCUACGAGAAUUAAUGGACAAUACAGGCAUUUCUGAUGAUGUAACCAAGUCGACUUAUAAGAAAAUGUCACAUCAGCAAACUAGCAGUAGUGUAGGUGGUGUUGGAGGAGGUGGAGGCGGCGCUGGAGUUGGUGUUGGUGGGAGUGGCGUUUUGGGUGGUGGUUCAUUAGCAUCCGUAGGAGGUAGCAGUAAUAUCGGCAUGGGUAAAGGUGCACCACACCAUGGAUACAGGACACCACAACCUUCACAAACUUUGCCAUUCAGUAAGAAUGCUGUUGCACCUAAACAAAAGGUACUCUCAAUUUUGGAGAAGGCACGAACAGCCAUGGAGGAAACUUAUGGACGCGGCUAUGAAGAUCCAAUCUCAUAUGAACAACCCUCUUACGAUGCAUACCCCUAUGGACAUGGACCUACUACUCACACACAUGCUGGGCAUGUGCCAAGUAGUACCGGUAUAGGAACAGCAAACAUGGCACCGCGUGGACCCUACGAUGUUUCCGAAUAUGAAACCGACUACAAUAGACGCGACUAUUAUCCCAACUCUUCGAAUUUUGGUGGUGGUGCUUCGGCCAUGCAUUCAAAUCACAACACUGGCAUAAAUCCGAGUCAUAAUCGAAGUCACGUUAACAGGUGA